AUGGUCAUACCUCACCUAACUGAAAAUUAUGGUGCUUCUCGAGAUCCCCCAGAGAAACAAGCACCCAUGUGCACUGUCCACUCCUUCCCACACAAUAUUGAUCAUUGCUUGACAUGGGCCCGAUCAGAGUUCGAGGGCCUGCUUGAAAAGACACCUGCUGAAGUAAAUGCUUUUCUUUCUAAUCCGGGUGAGUAUGCAUCUGCAAUGAGAAAGGCCGGGGAUGCUCAAGCCAGAGACAAUCUGGAGCGUGUAAUUGAUUGCCUUGACAAGGAGAGAUGUGAAUCAUUCCAAAAUUGCAUUACAUGGGCUCGCCUAAAGUUUGAGGAUUAUUUUGCAAACAGGGUUAAGCAGUUGACGUUCACCUUCCCUGAAGAUGCUGCAACCAGUACUGGUGCACCUUUCUGGUCAGCUCCGAAGCGUUUCCCUCAUCCCCUGCAGUUCUCAAACACUGACCCUAGCCAUCUUCAUUUCGUUAUGGCUGCAUCUAUUUUGCGGGCCGAGACAUUUGACAUUCCCAUACCCGACUGGGCAAUGAACCCUAAGAAACUAGCUGAGGCUGUUGAUAAUAUCAUUGUGCCUGAUUUCCAACCCAAAAAAGAUGUCAAAAUUGUUACUGAUGAAAAAGCUACUAGUCUUGCUGCUGCUUCUUUGGAUGAUGCUGCCGUUAUUGAUGAAUUAAUUACGAAGCUGGAAAAAUGUAGGGCGACUAUGCCAGCUAAGUUCAGGAUGAAAACAAUUCAGUUUGAAAAGGAUGACGAUACAAACUAUCACAUGGACCUGAUAGCCGCGCUUGCCAACAUGCGGGCCCGAAACUACAGCAUUCCCGAAGUCGACAAGCUGAAAGCCAAAUUCAUAGCUGGACGUAUCAUCCCUGCCAUCGCCACCUCAACUGCCAUGGCCACUGGCCUCGUCUGCCUCGAGCUCUACAAAGCCAUAAGUGGGGUCCACAAGCUUGAGGACUAUCGCAACACAUUUGCCAACCUGGCGCUGCCGCUGUUCUCAAUGGCCGAGCCCGUGCCUCCCAAGGUUGUGAAGCACCGGGACAUGCGCUGGACUGUGUGGGACCGGUGGAUCAUCAAGGGUGACCCCACCCUGCGGGAGUUUCUCCGGUGGCUUUCCGAUAAGGGCCUUAAUGCGUACAGUAUCUCGUUCGGGAGCUGUUUGCUGUACAACAGCAUGUUCCCUCGGCACAAGGAACGCAUGGACAGGAAGGUUGCUGAGCUGGCGAGGGACGUGGCCAAAGUGGAUCUGCCACCAGGGCGCAACCACCUGGAUGUGGUGGUGGCGUGUGAGGAUGACGAGGAUAAUGACGUUGAUAUUCCUCAGAUAUCCGUUUACUUCCGUUGA